GUUGUGCGACAGCAGCUUGAUGUGGUACAUCAUGUGAGACGGCCUAGCAUAACGCAGAUGACGAACAAAUUCAAAUUCCAAACACGAACCCUCCAGAAAUUCGAAACCCCACCUCGCCGGAGCACAACGCCGCCGCGGGAGAGGCCUCGCCUCUGUUCUCCGUCGCUCGGAGGCUCCGGGCGAGAGGUAGAAGAGGAUGGAGUUCACGGAGGCGUACAAGCAGACGGGCCCUGUCUGCUUCUCCCCCGACUCGCGCUUCCUCGCCAUCGCCGUCGACUACCGCCUCGUCGUCCGAGAUGUCGUCUCCCUCAAGGUGGUACAAUUGUUUUCAUGCAUGGACAAGAUAAGCUCUGUGGACUGGGCACCGGAUUCAGAAUACAUUCUAUGUGGACUUUACAAGCGUCCCAUGGUGCAGGCUUGGUCACUGAGCCAGCCUGACUGGACCUGCAAGAUCGAUGAAGGCCCUGCAGGGAUUACAUAUGCUCGCUGGAGCCCCGACAGUCGUCAUAUACUCACUACAUCAGAGUUUCAGCUCCGUCUGACUGUGUGGUCUCUUGUAAAUACGGCAUGCGUACAUGUCCAGUGGCCAAAGCAGGCCUCUAGAGGUGUUUCUUUUACCAAGGAUGGGAAAUUUGCUGCAAUCUGCACCAGGCGCGACUGCAAGGAUUAUAUAAAUUUGCUCUCAUGUCAUUCCUGGGAGAUAAUGGGUGUCUUUGCUGUUGACACGGUAGACUUAACUGGUGUUGAAUGGUCACCGGAUGAUAGUGCUAUUGUGGUCUGGGAUUCACUUCUUGAAUACAAGGUUCUGAUAUAUUCGCCUGACGGAAGGUGCCUUUUCAAGUAUUUAGCUUAUGAAAGUGGGUUAGGUGUGAAAACUGUUGCUUGGUCACCGUGUGGGCAGUUUUUAGCAGUGGGCAGCUAUGAUCAAGCAGUACGGACUUUGAACCACCUGACAUGGAAAACUUUUGCGGAGUUCACACAUGCAGCCUCUAUUCGAAGUCCCUGUAAUGCUGCUAUAUUUAAGGAAAUCGAUGACCCGUGGCAGCUUGAUAUGUCAGAGUUAUGUCUAAGCGAAGGCUUCUCUUGUAACAUGCAAGACAAUGUUGCAGAAAAUGGCACAGAGGGAGGGGGUUCUAGAGUAAAAUAUGCCGUGAUGGAUGUUCCAAUCACCUUACCUUCGCAGAAACCUGCCACUGACAAACCCAACCCCAAACAAGGAAUUGGUAUGCUAUCAUGGAGCAGUGACAGCCACUAUUUCUUCACCCGGAACGACAGCAUGCCGACUGCUCUUUGGAUAUGGGAUAUCUGCCGCCUUGAGCUUGCUGCUGUUCUUUUGCAGAAAGAUCCAAUCCGUGCUGCCGCUUGGGACCCUACUUGCCCACGCCUUGUUGUGUGCACGGAGAGCCCUCACCUGUACAUGUGGACACCGUCCGGUGCCUGCUGCGUCAACAUCCCCUUGCCGAAUUUCCGGAUAGUCGACUUGAAAUGGAACUCAGAUGGAAGCUGCCUCCUCUUGAAGGACCGUGAGUCUUUCUGCUGUGCUGCAAUCGUGUCUGCUUUGCCUGAGGAAGAACCCGAUCAAUCUGAUGACAGUUCUGAAGAUGAAUGAUUUCGUUGUAUGUCUUGGUUAUGUCGAAUGAAACUGUAGCCACAAAUGGAGGGAGCUACGUUUGUAUUAUAGCAGUAGAUGAAGUUGGGGGCAGCGAAUUGUUCUGAUCUGGUAGUAGGAAAGAUGAAUGUUUAUUUCCUUCUUAAACGCCUAAAGAUGAUGCUACCAUUCUAGGCUCUACUUCAUACAUUCUCGUCGAGAUUCCUUGUAACCGGUUAAUUUUUUGUUGUAGAAAGUAACUUGAGUUGUUUAAGAGAGAAGCUGUGUUAUCAUGCUUCAUGUAAAUAAAGAUCCGUUGCAACUUAUCUCGCAGUG